AUGUCACAUGUCCAAAGAAGAUCAUCACCAAACGACCCCGGCAGUCUUUUGGGUUUUAAUUUCCCUUUGAAAAUCUGGAGAGAAAUUGGUGGUCGUGGAGUCCACCUAGCACAGAACCAACCUUUUAUCCUCUCAUCCCAGGGUGAAGGAAUACAGGAAAUCAUACUUGAUUACGGAAGGAGCGUAGGAGGACUCCCCUUUAUCGAGACGGUCAAUGUGACUAGUAAUGGACGACCCGCUGUAGUCGAUGUUGUGUAUAGCGAAACAAGCACCGGAGUUCAUAACAGAAAAAUAGGUAAGACUGCUCUAAUAGAUUGUUCAAUGGAGCGAGUGUUAACUUUCCUUAGGAGAUGGACCAUUCUUUGGAUUCUCUAAUGCAAUGGAUACUUACCGAGCGAAGACCCUUUACUUUCCGCCUUCGAAUACACACAAAUUGAUGGUAUCCAAACUUCCACAGACUUCUCAAAGAUACCAAAAAAUAACCCUCGUAACCCCAAAUUGUUCAGUGGCAAUCUCAUCGAUUGGGUUUCGGCAACUAAGACCACAAACAAUAGGAGACGGCCGUUUCGUGUCAUCGAAUGAGUUACUCAACAAGAUAUGGAGAGAUGGUGUCAAUACUGUUGACCGAUGCACGGUUGAGGCUGGAGAAGUACAAGAGACCUGGGAAGUAGCUGAAUUCGGAACUAAGAUAUCAGGACAGCGAUGGGCACCUUGUCGUCAUGGGACGCGAUGGAAAGAUAAGGCGAUCAAAUUUAAGGUGAAAAUCGAGUCCGGCGGGGCCAGUUGGGGCAUUCAUAUGGUGGAAAGUGGAUUGAUCUUCUCCAUAGACAUCGUAUCAAGGAGGUUAUCGGCUUUCGAAGGCGCUUCGGAUACUUCACCGUCAAUACUAAAGGGGACAUGGGACCUUGCCGGAAGCCUCGACUUGUUUGACUGGCUUCGGAUUGAUAUUGAAGCUCGCGGUUCAAGCGUUUUGGUGAAGAUCGACUGCAAAAGAGUCGCCCUUCUGAAGCGAUUGAGUAUAUACUCGUCACCCGGAUGCGAGCCGAACACUGGUUCUAUUGCUUUCGGUGGUCCUGCACAUUAUGUUGCAGUAUAUCGAUCGCUAGUGGUGAGAGAUGUUAAUGACAAUAUUCUUUACGAGAAUGAUAUGAGACUCCAAAACAAAGUGCGUGUUUUGGCAGACUUUCAUGUCGGGACAAAUCAGAUACCAUGUACAGUGGACAGUGCAAAAGGCCAUCGCAUAUGCUCCGCUGGUGAUCUGUUCGUGAUGGGGCGAUCUAUUUACCACUCAACUGGGUAUUUAGAGGCGGUUCUAGGAAGCCUCUCGUUGCUUUCUAGUUACCAAGGAAGUGACGGUUAUCUUGGAAACAUAAGCCCAAUACAAAAGACAUUCUUCGAGAAUGAACAAAGUGAGCCUCCAACCUACGCGUUUUUCUCCCUCACCCUGAGCUUCCAACUUUUGGUAGCUGUUAAAGACUAUUGGAUGUACUCGGGGGAUUGCUCUAUUGUGAAGAUGAUAUGGGACAAGAUGGAAAGAUCGAUGGAUUUCGCAAUACUUUAUGAAGAUAAACGAGGGUUAAUUGUGGCUCCAGCAAAUAUGUCAAGUAAGAAUUUUCCUCCCAGUACCAUCAACAAUGCCUGAUUAUUAAACAGGGGACGAUAUGUCACCCGAUAUACUGAUAGGUGCUUCAUCGAAGUUAAAUCUUGCAUACUACGAUGCCCUGAUUUCCAUGAGCAAGAUGUGUGGCAUAUUCGGAGUAGAGGAUCAAUAUACACCACGUGCAUUGGCACUCAAAGAAAGAAUUUUGGAGAAUUUAUGGCAUUCAAAAACAGGGGUUCUGCGGCUGAGUGACCACUCCCCAGCAACAAUGAUAUCUCAUGAAGUUAAUGCAUAUGGAAGAAUUCUUGGUGUCAUACCUCAUACGCAAAGUUCAGAUGAGCUAUUGGGACUUUCAAAAACAGGAGAACUUCCGUGUAAAAUUCGGGAUUUGGAAAGUAGAAGAUAUGUGAAUGCUGUGAGUCCUUAUACUUGUGGAAUGGCAGCAGAGGCACUGUUUCAAGCCGGUAAAGGAUAUGAGGCAGUGGAAUUAGUGGAAAGAGUAUGGGGUCCUAUGUCAGAUCCAGAAAAUUUAGAUUAUUCAGGAGGACAUUGGAAAGAGAUAAAGCCGAAUGGGCAGCCAACUUCGUCUGCGACUUCAAUGAUGCAAGCACGAUCUACCUGGCCGGUUUCUAUUCUUCCGCAAUAUCUGGCGGGGGUUGAGCCAAUCUAUCGGGGCUGGUCUCGUUGGAAAGUGCAUCCUGUACUUGCAGGACUUACUUUCGUGGAUUAUCGACUUUCAACGUCAAUGGGGGAGAUCUCUGUGGCCAUUCACAUACACGAACCAAGUAGCACAGGGGAGCUUACAGUGUUUGUUCCUAAAGGAACAGUGGCGGACUUGUAUCCACCAAAAGGCUGGAUUUUCCUAGCAUCUAGGAGUAUAUGUGCAGAAUAUCUGGAGAAGAAAAUCGUUAUAGGCCAGGAUGAAGAAGUAACUUUAAGGCUUUGUCUAUCGCCUCGAAAUAAGAACUCGGCGCGAAGCAGGCAAAGUUUAAGGGAGCUACCCUGGGAAGAUUAUGAGCCUGCAACACAAGAGAAAGAACUGAAAGGUCAAUGCUGUAUAAAACGUCUGGGCCGAAAAGUCUUCAAGUUAUGCAGAAAAUAA